AUGACAUCGAGGCCGGGAAAUCCCAGGAGGCUGCCUCCCCCAUGUCCCUCCUGGGUCUGGUCCAGCGCCUCCGACACGCAUGCCGCCAAAGAUCGAUGUUGGUUCGGUGACGACUACAUCCCAUUCAAGUCGUAUGUCACGGAUAUCGCUGGAGGCUGGGUCGAAGUCAUUGGGAUGGGAACUAUCAUUCUCCCCACCAGGGGCUCGCCAUUUCAGACCGGUUCACAUCUGAACAACUCCCUCCGCUUGAAGAACGUGUUGCAUACCCCCGCAAUGCUUUGCAACAUCAUCGGAAAUACCAUUCUGGACGACUACACUGUUAUACCCACCCCCAGUUCCCCAGAUAUCUCCGGUGUUAUUGUGGCGAACUAUAAUGGUUCUAGUCAGGCCUACUUCAAGCACAUGGGUCAAGGCCCCAUGUUAUACCAAGUUCAGAUUCACCAGGCUCCAUUAGGGCAUGAGCUCGGGAUCUCACCUCUCUGUUCUAACGGGAACUACCUGAUUCACGCAUUCUGGUCCCAGCGUGAGCGGCGCAGAAUGGAAAUCUUCAAAGACUCCGGUCUGACUCGAGCCUCAGGCGUAGAGGAGCUGACACCGAUCGAAAAACGGUGGUUUGGGAAGCAAUGCAUGUCUGAAAAGGGAAUUACAUUUGCCUACGGGUUGGACUACAACAGGAAGGAGCAUCGAGAGGAAGCCCGCGCCAUCAUGCGAAUUCUCAAGUCCCAAGCUCAAAAUGAACCGGAUUUUUUAUCCCAGGAGAACACGCCGAACACGCCGAACAUGCCGAUUACCCUUGACUACUGA